AGAGGAAUACAGUAAUAAAGACACUGAUUUAUGGUGUCUUGGUGGACUUGCACUUGCUAACUCUUUCUUUGCCUUUUCUUGCACUGUCUUGUAGUGAUUGCUUUUUCUAUUCAUCUCCAGUAGUUUGAUGAGCCCAACAAAAAUAGUUUUAUGUCUGUUAUUUGCUUUUUUCCUCACUCCCUCUCUCUCUCCCUCCCUCCCCCUCCAAUGAUCUUAUCUUCAUCGACUUCUCAUUAUCCUCUCUCCAUAUUCAUGCCUCCUCUUCUCUCUUUUUCUCUCUCCAGUACUUGUUAUCCUCUCUUCUCCAUUUUUGGUAAAAACUAGAAUUCCCACAAGUCUGUCUUGUCACCACUGAGGCUAAGGCCUGCAGUUUAAAGGAUUUUUUUGGUAUAUUGUUUGGAGAGAAUCGAAAUCUUUACUUCACUAACAUGAAGUCCCCGAAUUUCAACCUCGAGUCUGAAGAUGAAUCUGAAGUCAGUAGCCAAGUGGCUUCCAAUGUCUCUACCCAAGAAAUUCCUCCUGCUCAUUCCAAGGAAACCAAUGCCACUUUGUCCAGCCUUACAGAUCCCGUCAGCCUACAGAACGACUCAAUGCCCGUUACUCUUGACCUGACACUUGGUUUCAACAGCAGUGAUGCUGAGUUGAACUGUACAAGCCAAACUAGUGGUGGUGAAGUAACGCCUCAUCCUCCGGCUGUAUCCAGAGUCUUCUCAUGUAACUACUGUCGGCGAAAAUUUUACAGCUCGCAGGCGCUGGGAGGACAUCAGAAUGCGCACAAGAGAGAGAGAACGCUUGCAAAACGGGCUAUGCGGAUGGGCAUGCUAUCCGAUCGAUAUGCCAGUUUGGCAUCUCUACCUCUUCAUGGAUCGGCAUUUCGAUCUCUAGGAAUCGAAUCACAUGGUUCCAUGCAUCAACAAGUUGUACAACAAGAGAGGCCUUUACAUGGAGUAAGAGGUGGAGCAAGGUUUAAUCACGGUUAUUACGGGUUGCCACUAUAUAUGGAGGAUGAUGAAGUAGAAAUGUAUUGGCCUGGAAGCUUUCGACAAAUUGAGGGACAUAAUGGCAAUAAUCUGGGGAUUCAUUCAGGACAAAAUUCCAACAUAAAUAUUGUAGCAAUGGUUCCACCUCCUCCUAGGACAGAUUCCUCCUUGCCUGAUCUAAAUUUAAAAUUAUAAAUUUAUAACAAGAUUUCUUAUUCUAGUUUCUGUGUCAUUUUCUUUAAACUUGUGACUUCAAUUAUAUGUCAAAUUGUACAGGGAGAUUGAGUAUUAGAGAUGAACGUCGGAUCCUGAUUUUCCCUCUACUUUUGACAUUUUUUCCAAGUUUAUAUCCCCCAGUUCAUGUAUGACUUGAUGAUGCAAUGGAUAUUAGAUUUGCAGUUUGGAAUAAAA